CGUCCACAAAAAAAAGUGUACUGCCGCACGAGGAUCUUCCUUAGCAACCGCGGAUAAACAUGAGUUACUACAGCAUAAGAUAGGAGAGCCCUGGGCUAGCAUUCCUGAAGCAGCAUCCAUGGACACUGUAAAGAAUGGGGGAUCUCAGCCUGUCUACAGUCGCUGGUCAUACAGACCCUCCAGCUCUGCCAGCUUCUCUUCUAACUCAACAGCAAGUGGCAUUGAAGAUGACAGUGCCAGUCUCAUGCAGCAGAAACUGGAAAAACAGAGGGCGCUGCUGGAACAGAAGCAGCGGAGGAAGCGUCAGGAACCGCUGAUGGUCCAGCCCAACACAGAGGCUCGGCCCCGGCGCUCCAGGACACGGCGUGGCGAGGAGCAGGCCCCGCUGGUAGAGUCUCAAGUCAGUAUCAUCAACGAUGUCAUCAUGGAUGGUAUUGAUGGCCCAGCAGCUUUCCUGGGAUCAGAAGCCCCUGAUAUGGGAAUGAAAAUUCAAAUCCUAUCGGUGAGCCAGUCCCAGUCCCAGUCCCCGUCCCAGUCUCAUUUCCAGCCCCAGUCCCAGUCUCAGCCCCAGUCCCCUGCUGCUGAGGAAACUGAGCGGGACGGAGACACUGAGACGCUGCUGGAGCCCAAGACGGAUAUCCAUGAACUGCUGCAGAAACAAGGUCUGUCAGGCAGUAUGAACUUUGAUGAAGCCAGUGAGCACGAGGAUGACGGGGAGGAAGAACGGACACGUUCACUGUCCCCCAACGCAGAUACCACAAGGCCGUCCUCCGCUGCCAGUGGCAAGGACAUUCCAGAGGUGGUGACCCCCGGAUCGCCCACUGCAGAGGGCUCGCUAAUCGAUGUUGCCAAUCUAGAGGAGUUCGUCUUGCGUCCGGCUCCACGUGGCGUUACCGUCAAAUGUCGAAUCACCCGAGACAAGAAGGGCAUGGACCGCGGCCUCUACCCCACCUACUUCAUGCACAUGGAGAGAGAGGAUGGCAAGAGGGUGUUUUUGCUGGCAGGAAGAAAGAGAAAGAAGAGUAAGACAUCCAACUACCUUAUUUCAGUGGAUGCUACUGAUCUGUCGCGAGAGGGAGAGAGCUUCAUAGGUAAACUGAGGUCCAACCUCAUGGGCACCAAAUUCACAGUGUAUGACAACGGCACCAAUCCCUGCAAAAACCCCGGAGCACUGCUGGAGGAGAGCAACACGCGACAGGAGCUGGCUGCCAUCUGCUAUGAAACCAAUGUGCUGGGAUUCAAAGGACCACGUAAGAUGACUGUAAUCAUCCCGGGCAUGAACAUGAACUUUGAAAGAGUCCCUGUAAGACCUCAAAAUGAGCAAGAGAGCCUCCUGAGCAGGUGGCAGAAUCACUCACUGGACAACCUGAUUGAGUUGCAUAACAAGGCCCCCGUGUGGAAUGAUGACACCCAGUCUUACGUGCUGAACUUCCACGGCCGCGUCACUCAAGCUUCAGUCAAGAACUUUCAAAUAGUUCACGACAAUGACCCUGACUACAUCGUCAUGCAGUUUGGCAGAGUGGCCGAAGACAUCUUCACCCUGGACUACAACUAUCCCAUGUGUGCUCUUCAAGCCUUUGCCAUCGGCUUGUCAAGCUUCGACAGCAAGCUGGCCUGUGAAUGAACCACCACCAGUUUUGCUUCCACACCACCGCUUCUCCUGCCUCCCCAUUAAAAUCUCUCCUCACUGAACUAUUUGGAAGCCGACAGCAACACUGCUUACAUCAUCGGGAGUCAGUUCACACCGCGGUCAACAAACAAAUAUGAAUUAGAGCAAGAGGACGCUGGUCAGGAGUGUCGGUGCUCUGUUGGCAAAUGUGAUCCUCCUGACUUCUGUACUUGUUUUCUUUUUUUCAUGCCACUUUUACAGGGGUUGUUUCAAUAUCAGUUUACCCAUUGUGUACAGUAUAUGUGUAUUUGUACACAUGUAUACAACGUAAAAAAGGGAAAAGACAAAGCAAAACACACCGCUCUCAUCAGUGCUGGAGACAGGCGCUCUUGUCAGACAUCUGCUGCAAAAAGCACUGAUGUUAAAUUUAUGACCAUACUUUGUUGUUUGAAGAGCAGUGGGAUGUGUAUUAAUCAUGUAUUUUCUGUUUCAGUUGCCUUUAAAUUUGAUUUCACACAGUGUUUUUCGCCAUGCUAGCGGCGCUGCUUUAAUGGCAGCAAGUCUGUCAGUCCAACACCUAUACCCAGGCUGCAAUAUUUAAUAGCAGUCAUUUGAUGGAUUGUUGUGGACCUGUGGUACCAAAAUCCACUGUCCCCUACAGCAGAGGCAUAUGAGCCUGAGGCUGAUAAAAUGCAGCUUGGACUGAUGAGUCAAACCUGACAACGUAGAGUUUAGCCUGACAAGCCGAGUGUGAGGUGUCACUCUGCAGAGCAUAAACCAUUUUGAAUUACAUAACAACGUGGCCUUUCCUCUGGCGCCACCUCCAGGACAAACUUUAGAUUUUUUUUUUUCCCUGCUUUAGUAACAAGGAACUAAGAAAGCAAAGUUUUUGGGUUUUUCAUCCAUCCAACGGUUAUUUUUCCUGGUGUAUAAUGUGCAUUACAGUCUCCCCGCUAGCAUGGCUACAGAAUUUAAAUCUUGUUUACAUCUUUAAAUGUGGCAGUAUGGUUUAAACUGCCAUCUACUACUAAUUUCAUUCUUUAUUAUCAUGUUAUCAUCACUUUUCUUUCUUGUGUGGAAGGUGCAUUAUUCAAAAACAGGCCUGUCUUAUGUUUAUUGUGUUUUUGUGAAUACGUGUAAUUUUUAUCUUGUGACUGUGAUUUUUUUCUUUGUUUUAGCAAGUUGGAUUAUCAUGGAAAAAAAAACAUAAACGCAAAAUUGCACAUUUAAUGAAAAAAGAUAUACAUACUGUAUAUAAAUUACAAUGUAAUGCCUUCUUAUUUCAUUUAAUCUAGCAGUCUUUAAGCAUAAAAUACUAAAUGUCAUUUCAUGACAUAUUUUAAAGUAAUGGAUGGAAGUUAAGCAGUAAUACAAAAGAAAGAGUUUAUAUGUUCAUGGCUGCACAAACACAGAAGUCAUCCAAGACUUUGUUUUCAUGUAGAGAAACUACACAAAAUCUACUGUAUCUACACUGUUUGUACAAGAUACAGUAUAUGUGACAUUUUAUUGAGUUGAGAUGGAGUUGGACCCUAUUUUGUACAGUCCACAUCUUGUCGGUCUGCCUUCUGUAACUGCCUGUGACUCUUCUUCUCUCUGAGGGAAACUUAAGGGAAAUCAAUAAGGGAUAGUAGCCUUUACAUGGCUCAUCAUUAAAAGUCCCUAAUAUUU